GACCUUGAGUGACGGGUGACUGCACAGCCCUGGCUAGCAGGGCUGCCAAGAGCAUGGCCAAGAAUCACCACCCUGUGCCUGUCACAAAUUUCCAGUUGUCUGAUGACUGUUCAAUCGAUAACUGAGUGAGUCAAGUGAGUGUCGUCUGCUGUUCAAAACAGAGGGCUCACGGAUAAAAAUGGCCAAGUUACUCGGGUUAGAUAAGCUCGCAAGAUUCUUCCGUAUUAUUCGUGAGAACGGAGGUAUCUUCGGAUCAUUGCGCACCAUAUUUAGGGUAGAUGAGUUGAAAACUGGAACACUGGUUGGUGAAGACAAAUAUGGAAAUAAGUACUAUGAAAAUGACAUGUACUUCUAUGGUCGCAAUCGAUGGGUAAUAUACUCAGAAAGAGUAGGUUUGAACUAUGAUGGAUCUCAAGUACCAGCAGAGUGGUUCGGCUGGCUGCACUACAAGACCGAUUUGCUACCACAUCAGGAUCCCUCAAGACCGAAAUAUAAAUGGAUGGCUGAUCAUGUUUCUAAUAUGUCUGGUACGAGUAAAGCUUACAUGCCCUAUAGUACUACUCGGCCGAAAAUAGAAGCAUGGAAACCACCAAAUUAGAUCAUUUUUAAUGCAAACAGGUAGACAGAUAUCGUUUCGAUCUGUAAAAAUACUAUAAUUAUUUUCGCGAGUCGUAUAUAUACGUAAACGUUAAUAAAAGAUUUGUUUAAGCGUA